AUGAUUCGCUUCCUAGGCAAGCGCUCUCUACCUCAAAAAGUUGACCACGCACCCCACCCCCACCCCGCCUCUCCCACGCCAUCCCUCCCACAAUCCUUCGCCUCCUACCGCGAACGCGCAAUCCAACACGGACCUCUCAAAGGCUCCCAGACAUCCUCUGCAACCUCCUCCGCAGCAGCAGCGCCGGGAUCUUCGGUAUUGUCGCCUUACGGAGCUAUUGGCGGUAAGAGCGCAAGGGAAUUGGGCCCGAUUAAGAUUGGAAAGGGAGAGUUUGCGACGAGAGCGGAGUUGCCACGACGGUUUCAGGCGACGCCUUGGACGGAAGCGGAGAUUGAGGCGGUGGAGAGUGGAGGGGCGAGUUUGUUCGCUUGA